UCACACACAAAAAAGCGUCUUGCAUUACAAGCCUCCAAAAGAACAGGCGGUGAGCGUGCAAGUAACUGAAACACAGUGAGAGGAAGACAGAUAGAAGAGGAUCUGUAAUAGAAAGCCUGCUAGAGAGGCUGUUGUACAGAGCGUGAGGAUUCUGAGAGGUCCAAGCAAAAAGAGCGGGGAGGGAGGCUGAGUAAGGGGGCGAAAGAGAAAGAGAGAGAGAGAGAGAGAGAGAGAGAGGGAGAGAGAGAGACGGCUUGCCGAUUGCUCUCCCUGGUUUGUGUGCAGCCGUGGCAGCCAUGGCGUCGGAACCAGGCACCCAGUCAAGGGUGAUGUUUCAGACCAAAGAGGAGGAGCCCCCCCAUCGUAAGCUGGGCAAACUAACAGUAAAAUACAACCGUAAAGACCUCCAGAGGAGAUUGGACAUUGAGGAAUGGAUUGACGGGCAGCUGCACCUGCUUUACGACUGUGAGGAGGAAGAAAUUCCUGAGUUAGAGAUUGACAUUGAUGAACUUCUGGAGCUCACAGAUGAAGAACAGAGAACCAGACUACAUGAGCUUUUGCAAGAAUGUGGAAAGCCAAAAGAGGAUUUUAUCAACGGGUUACUUUAUCGGAUGAAGGGUCUGCGCAAGAUGUCAGGGCCCCUCAAGAAAUAGUCCUAGGUCAAAAAUCCAUAAGCAAGAUAAUGUGAAAAAGAGUCUGAAAAUCCAUAUUCACUUGUAUAGAGCUGAAUAUCUGACAAUGGAAUUAUGUAAACAUUUCCCUUGACAAGUGAGUCAACAUGGGAACUGACCAUAAAUAUCAUUUUUAAAAUAUGUAUUAUCCUGUAUGUACAUUUCUGACACUUCUUCCAGCAGACAUAGGAUUGCAUCAUAGAUCUAAUUGUACUCUCUAUUACUCCAUAUUUUUUUUGUGACUUGUACAUUUUUGGUUGCCUAUUUAUAUGUUUUUGUUCUGAAAAGCACUGUAUGUGAUCAUAAAGAAUACCUUUUCAAA